GUACAACACGGUUUAUUUCAACGAACGUGAACAAAAAAGAGAAAGUAGUAGGAAAGUAACAAGAAGAGUAUAUAUAAAGAAACAAAAGCAAACUAAGAUCCUUCGUUGUUGACAAUAGCGCACGAUGAACAUCUUCACCAAGAAACCCACCGCCAAAGAGGCUCUUCGUGAGAGUAAACGUGAAAUGACUAACGCCACUAGAGGUAUUGAAAGGGAAAUUGGAUCAUUACAAUUGGAAGAAAAGAAAUUAGUUGCUGAGAUUAAGAGAACUGCUAAGACAGGAAACGAGGGAGCAACUAAAGUACUAGCUCGUCAGUUGAUAAGGCUUAGGCAACAGAUUGCUAAUCUUCAGGGUAGUCGAGCUCAGAUGAGAGGCAUAGCAACUCACACACAGGCAAUGCACGCACAUUCUUCUGUUGCUGUUGGAAUGAAAGGUGCUACUAAGGCAAUGGCAGCUAUGAAUAAGCAAAUGGAACCGGCAAAGCAAGCCAAAGUUAUGCAGGAAUUCCAGAAACAAUCAGCACAGAUGGAUAUGACUACUGAAAUGAUGUCAGAUGUCAUAGAUGAUGCCUUGGAUGAUGAUGAAGCUGAAGAGGAAACUGAAGAGCUUACAAAUCAAGUGCUUGAUGAAAUCGGUAUCGAUAUUGCCUCACAGUUAUCAUCAGCUCCCAAAGGGAGAAUCGCAGCAAAGAAUACUGAAAAUGUUGGCAGCUCGGGCGUUGAUGACCUUGAGAAGCGUUUGGCGGCUCUAAGAAACCCAUAAAUUUUGGCUGUAGUUUAUAUGGUUCACGAUCUCAAAGGUUUCGAGUAAAAUUCUUUUCUGCACUGUCUAGAGAUUUCAUAAGUACAGUGUGUAUAUACAACCUUGAAAUAAUGAUAUAUAUGAUAUAUAUUUUAUGAGGUGGACAAUGAUUGUAAAAGCUGUAGUUGAGCCAUAGUUGUGGAAUAUAUAUGUAGUUUGAUGCUAUUUGUAAAUGAGUGCCAAGUCCAUUUCUGCUCUUACCUAUCGAUGUUUGGGAGGAAUGAAAUUAGGCAAGAGGAGAACAUAUUGAACAUAGUGCAGAUAUAUCAUUUUUUGUCUUUCAA